AUGCCUAGGAAUGACCGCGAACGGGACAGGGAUCGAGAAAGAGACAGAGAUUUAGAUCGCGACAGAGAUCGCCAUCGUGACAGAGACCACAGAGACAAGCACCGUCGAGAGUACGACGACAGACGAGAACGGGAACGCGAUCGAGACCGCGACAGGGAUCGUGACCGAGAGAGAGACCGCGACCGCGAGAAGAGGUACGAUCGUCAUGAUAGAAGACGCCAGGAAUCUUCGUCAAGCAGCGAAACGGAAGACAGUUCAGAAUCCGAGUCUGAGUCAAGUAGUAGCGACUCGUCUUCUCACACCAGUAGCAGCAGUUCGUCCGCCACUUCGGCUAGUAGCACUUCGGAAUCGUCCGUGUCCGGUUCUCCUUCACCGCGUCAUACCGCAUCAGGAAAGUCGACCGGCACCAAGAAGCCUGAGCGAGCUUCGUCUCCACCGCCCGCUGUUGUUGAACGUCGUAGAGAAUCCGUUCCUGCUCCUAAAGAGCGAACGCCUCCCGUGGUUGCCGCCAAACCGAUCAGCGCGAAGAGCCGCAGUGGCGGUGAGCGAGAGCCAGAGGUUCGAAAGGAGCGCGACCGUAGCGAGGAAAAGGAGAAGGAACCGCGCGAGAGCGAGCGAGGCCAUGCACCACCGCCGGAGGUGAAAGAGCCGGAGAGGGUUGUGAAGGAGGUACGUCCGCGGAGUGAGUCGACGAAGGGCAGCGGUGGUACAGAACGUGAAGCGCCACCUGUCGAAAAAAUUGCAGACGUCGCGGAACGUGUUUCGGACAAAGACAAGAUGGACGUGACGGAGACAGCUCCAGCGGCGUCUCCGACUGUCCCUGUCGCCGUAGUGGCCGAAAAGGAAAACCGAUCGCCGUCCAGAGAACGUAGAGAGCGUGGAGAGCGCGAUAGGACCUAUGCAAGACGAUCAGCAUCUCCAAAGCCGACUCGCAUACACGUCGGUCGGCUGACCAGAAACGUGACCAAGUACGGUUGUAAUGCAGCACUUGUUUCAGUAAUCUAUGAAAUAUCAAAGGCUAGAUAA